AUGUCCAGUGGAAAGAUUACAAUGAAUGGUAUAAAAGCACAGGUCAGAAAGAUUACAAUGCUUGGUAUAAAAGCACAGAACAAUUUCUUAGGAACAACAAUAAGAAAAACAACAUUAAAGCUAGUUUGUUAUUCAACUACUGCCUGUUAUCAAACUGUAUAUUUAUCUGUAACUACCUGUUAUCAAACUUUAAAAGCCGCAAGGGGCUGUAAGGUUAAAAAAAUACUAUUUUACCCGCAGUUGAGCAUGCGCGUACCGUAUCUCACGGAGACGAGUUGUUUAUCAACUCAAAGCAUGCUAAUGUUUUCCAUCAGAAGAAGAAAAACGUACGAUGAUGUCAAGUCACAAAGAGAACUUAUUGAAUAUAUUUUAUCUAGUAUCUACUUCGAUCUUACUCAGGAGUUAUUGCUGUCAAAAGAACUAGCGAUGUUUGAUUUAAACGCAUUUUUUUACUACACUAAUGUGUCCUUUCUCUGCUUAACCUUUUUGGAGAACACUUUAAUCACAAUUGCUUUGUCUGCAACACAAAUAUCUUCGAUAUUGGAAUGCAAGAUCUGCUUAGACACGUAUCAUCAACCAAAUCAACUAUACUUUGCGCAUUUGUAUUGUGAACAUUGUUUAGAUGACCUUGCUACUUUCAACGAAGACGGGGGUGCUGAAAUACGCUGUCCAUUGAGAUAUUCCAUGAAAACAAAACUUGAUCCACGCAAGACAACAUUAACGUUAAAUACUGCAUAUAUAGUGAAUGAUAUUCUAAGGCCAAAUAUUGAAAAAGUUAAUUCGCAAUGUCAGCAAAGCAAGGAAUGUAAGCGAAUUCUCAGCAGCUCUUGUGCAACAUGCGGUGCAAAUAUUUGUAACAGAUGUCAAAACAUACAUUCCUGCACCAACCAAUCAUUUUCCAAUGUCAGUUUUAAUGAAAAAUUGCAAGAAAUGCAACCAUUGUGUGAGGAACAUAAUUCUUCUGGAAGAUUUGUCUGCAUUCACUGUGACAACACGUUCACAUGUGUAUAUUGUAUACACAGAAGUUAUAAGAAUCACGAAAGAAAAUCGGUUGCUGAAGUUGGUGAGGAAGCAAGGAAAUGGUUUCAGUCUUUCAUAGCAUCGUUUGAUGAAACAAAAGUGAUAUUGGAGAACUUGACAAAACAAUAUGAUGAAUCUUUAAAUAAUCUCAAUAGUAGCAGAGAAGCAUUUGUUUGUGAAUUGAAAGUCAGGAAGUUAAAAAAGAAUAGAAGAUUAUUUGAAAAUGAUAAACACGGAUGAAGAAAAUCUGCUGCUAAGAUUUGAAGAUAGAAGAAUUUAAAUCUAAAAUAUUUCUAAAUUGACUCUCACACGAAUGUUGAAUAUCGGAGUUUUCGCAGUACGUAAAAGAAUUUAACUUAAAAUGCCACUUUGAAUUAGUUGCCGAGAAGUUGGAAAUUGAAAGAAAACUUCGCAGUCUAUCUUUUUUACCAAGAGUUAUACCAAGUUAUAAUAUGCAUUUUCAAUUCUUGAAUGAACAAGAUUGCUUACCAAAUCUCUGUCAGUGAUGUCAACAUUGUAGAUCCUUACAAAUGUUCUGUUCACAAAACUACGAUGGAUAAAACUGAAAGACUAC